AUGGAUCUCGUCCUCGAGGGGUUCGACACUUUUCUAUUCGAUCCCAUCUAUGCAGCCGUUCUGCCCGCGAAGACGCCCGGCCUUUCUCCCAAUGGCACUUUUUCGAGCUUGAGGGAGGUGCCCACCGCCGCUCCCUACGCCGCGCAAAACAACUGGAAAUAUGAGCCUGCGAGCCAGUACCUGAGCUUUACGCCCGGCAAGUAUGCCUACAUGAGCGAAUGGGCCCGCGACGACUGGCGCAGACAGCUGGUAACCCUAUUCUUGAUCACCUGGCUCUUUGGCCUCGUAAUAUACUACGUCUUCGCCACGCUUUCCUACGUCUUCGUAUUCGAUAAGGCCACCUUCAACCACCCCAAGUACCUCAAGAACCAGAUUCGCCUCGAGAUGCGCCAAACCAAUGUCGCCCUUCCUAUAAUGGCUGUCUUCACUACCCCUCUCUUCCUUCUCGAAGUCCGCGGAUACUCCAAGAUUUACGACAACUUCGAUGAGGCCCCGGGCAUGUGGUACAACUACAUGCAGUUCCCCUUCUUCUUCAUGUUCACCGACUUCUGCAUCUACUGGAUUCACCGCGGUCUGCACCACCCGCUAAUCUACAAGCACCUUCACAAGCCUCAUCACAAGUGGAUCAUGCCGACUCCUUACGCCUCGCACGCUUUCCACCCCAUGGAUGGCUACGCGCAGGGUUUCCCGUACCACCUCUACCCAUUCCUAUUUCCGCUGCAGAAGUUUGCUUACGUCUUCCUCUUUAUCUUCAUCAACAUCUGGACCGUCCUUAUCCACGACGGCGAGUACGUUGCCGACAAUCCGAUCAUCAACGGUGCGGCGUGCCACACCAUGCACCACCUGUACUUUAACUUCAACUACGGCCAGUUCACCACCCUGUGGGACCGCCUCGGUGGCAGCUACAGGAAGCCGGCCGACGAGCUCUUCCAAAAGGAACUCAAGAUGUGUCACUCCACAUGGAAGAAGCAGAACCAAGACAUUGACAAGAUGAUUGCCGAAGUCGAAGGCUCGGAUGACAGGAAGUACACGCCGGAGGAGCCCAAGAAGGUCCGUUAA